AUGGAGGAGAUAUUACUUCUUGUUACACCAUAUAUUGAAAAACAAGAUACCCUAAUAAGAGAUGCAAUUUCUCCUCGAAUGAAACUGAGUGCAACCCUCCGAUAUUUAGCAACUGGUAACUCUUUUCAAGAUCUUGCAUAUUCCACAAGAAUUGUUCCAAAUACUCUGUCGCAGAUUGUACCAGAGACAUUGCAGGCUAUCAUUGCAGUACUAGAAGAAAAAAAAGUAAUAUGCUUUCCGUCUAAGCCUGAAGAUUGGGAAAUUGUGGCUGAUAGAUUUCAAACUUUGUGGCAGUUUCCUCAUUGUGUAGGUGCUUUAGACGGAAAGCAUAUUUCAUUUCGUCCUCCACGCUGCGAGGGAUCUAAAUAUCGUAAUUAUAAGGGAACAGAUAGUAUAAUUCUUUUAGCGUUAGUAGAUGCAGAUUGUAAAUUUAUCUUCGUAGACAUUGGUAAAAAUGGUCGCACUCAUGACUCUACAGUGUUUCGUGAAAGUCCGUUAGGAAUAAAAUUGAAAGAAAAUACUCUUAAUUUGCCACAACCAAAUACUCUACCUGGUUUUAAUUUUAAGAUUCCAUAUGUCAUUGUAGCAGAUCAUGCUUUCUCUUUACAUAUAAAUAUAAUGAAACCGUAUCCAGAACGUGGCUUAACACGAAACAAACGUAUAUUUAAUUAUAGAUUAAGCAGGGCACGAAGAAUUUCUGAAAAUGGAUUCGGUGAACUUGUUAAUAAAUUUAGAGUUCUCUUAAAUCCCAUACCACUUAAUGUAGAAAAAGUAGAAACCAUAACAUAUGCUUGUAUUCUUCUUCAUAAUUAUCUUAAAAGUAAAAGAUUGCAAUUGAAUGUUUCUUCUGAAUAUACAAGAGAAAAUAUAGAAAGACCCGAAUCAGGAUUACGUAGUGUAAGCCAACAAGGCGGAAAUCAUUCGUCUAUUGCAGCUAUAGAAAUAAGAGAAAGAUUUACAACAUACUUUAAUACAAUUGGUACUGUCCCAUGGCAGAAUGCUGCUAUAGAGAGAGGUAACGCUUAA